AUGCUCCGAGGCGUGCCAGCACCAGGCCUUAGGGGCCUGAAGAGGGCCGAGGGCUCUGCAGAGGACGUGGAAGGCUCUUGCCUGGAAGUCGGGAGGGAUUUUGGGGUGCUGAGAGAGAAUGGCGCCCCCCGCAGCCUGGGCGAGGCCGAGGAGGCGGCCGCUAGGAAGCGCCCCAGGCCGGUGCGGUCCAAGGCACGGCGCAUGGCGGCCAACGUGCGCGAGCGCAAGCGCAUCCUGGACUACAAUGAGGCCUUCAACGCGCUUCGCCGGGCGCUGCGACACGACCUGGGCGGCAAGCGGCUCUCCAAGAUCGCCACGCUGCGCAGGGCCAUCCACCGCAUCACGGCGCUCUCCCUGGUCCUGCGCGCCAGCCCCGCGCCCCGCUGGCCCUGCGGGCACCUGGAGUGCAAUGGGCAAGCCGCGCACGCCGGGGACGCCGGGGACGCGGGCUUCAGCCCGCCGCGGCAGGCACCGCCGCCCGCCCGGCCCAGUCUCGCACGCCGGGACGCUGCCUGCCCCUUGUCGCCUCCCGCGCCGCGCUGCGCCUCGUGCUACCCGCACACGCACCUGGGAAGGCCCAGGGCGGUGGCGGAGGCACCAGGUUUGGCCCUGGCCUCUGGGGAAAGCUGGCACAGAUGCCCAGGGGCUGCCUCUAGCGGGCCGCUUCCGUGGCCACGGAGCUACCUGCGAGCGGGCCCAGGGCUGGGCUACCAGCACUCCUGA